AUGCACGACAGCAUGUGGCGCUGGCGCAACUCCAUGGACCGCUCGCGCCGCAGGGGCGGAAUGAUGGGCGGAAAGGGCGGCGGAAUGAUGGGCCGAAGGGGCAAGGCGGAAAAAGAAUCCGCAGAAAACGAAGCUUUCCCCGCGGGCGACUGCGGGGGAAACGGCGGCGGGGAGAGUCAGGAGCCCCCCCAUUUGGAGCUGAUUCGACGAAGCAUGCGAGCCGUUGGAAAGAUUGCGGGGAUAUCUGGGGAUUCGACGAGCGCUGCUGCCGCCGCCACCACCACAAACGGCGGCAGGAACAGCAUGAUGCACUUCGGAGGAAGGCGGGAGAUGAAUUUUCCUCUCAUGCAUAUGCAUCGCGGACGCAUGCACGUGCCUAUGAUGGGUACUACCCAUAGUAUGGAUAUCGUUGACGUGAAUGAACACCCGAUGCAUUUUCGAGCGGGUACCGAACCUCCCGAGGUUGCUCCUCUGCGCAGUUCGACUCCCUGCGCGUUCUUCUCAUCCAUGUGUGACUUCUUCCGCCGUGUGUUUGGCGCGUCUUCUCCCGCAAUCGAAUUGCCCUCAAACGAGGAUACCGUGGUUGGAUCUAGUGGAAUCGGCGCGCAGUAUCCGCGGAGAAUGAUGCGCGGCAGAGCAGCGUUGGACACUAUGAGCACUUUUGACGCGUUUAAGAACAGUCUCGCUAAUGGCCUUGGUGAAAGCAUCACAACAGAUAAGGAAAAGGUGAUGAUGCCAACUGGAGAUGGCAUGGUAGCAAGGCAGAUGGAUGACAAGGAGAUGGAGGAGAUGAUGGAGGGGAUGAUGGGGGGGAACAGGAUGAUGCUGAGAGUUAUCGUGUCGCUGGUGCUGUUACCGCGCUCAAUACGAUAUCACCUUCUGUCGACGGGGGCUUUGGUGGCGGUGGACGAUAAGGGCGUGGCUUUUGAGCUCGCGGGCGAGCUGAGUCCCAACGAGAUAUGCGUCCACGAGGAUUGCCUUCUCUGGUCCCCGGAAGUUCAUUUCACCAAGGGCCGAUUUAUGAACGUGCAGAAGGAGCUGCGGCGGUCGGGGGGGCUCUAUUGCUCAGUGUGCGGCGGGCGCGGCGCCGCGCUGGGCUGCCGCGUCCCCGCGUGCCGACACACGUACCACGUGCCGUGCGCGCGACGCACUCCCGGCUGUCACUUCGACGACGACGCGUACGUGCUCUCCUGCCCGCAACACCCACCCGCGGCCGUCAAACCGAAGAAGCUCAAGCGCAAGCAGCCGUCCCCGCCGGCGGUGCGGCCGCAUGCGGACGAUUCGGACGAGGAGGAGGCAGAGAACGCGCAGGAUGCGCGGCGGGGGAAGGAGGAUGCACGCGCGCCCCCCGUUGCGGGGAAGAACCAGAGGCGCGCGCGGACAGGCGCAGGGGGAAGGGGCGCGGGGGCGGGGGGGAGAAAGGCUUCCGCGAAGGGAGCGGCUCCAGUGGCGCCCGAGGUUCCUGUAACGAUAGAUGUGACUACAAAGGGCGCUGUCAAGGACGUCACUAUGAAGGAUGUGACUAUGAAGGGCGUAGCGGCCGUGAAAAGCAAAGAAGAGGAUGCGGCACGAGUGGUGAAAGCAUCGGCUCCUAUAGCCAAGGUUCCUGUGACAAAGGAUGUGACUAUGAAGGGUGUGACUCUGAAGGAUGAAGCUGCAGUGGGGAAGAAGACUGAAGAGAGCGCGGCACGUGUGGGCAAGGAGUGCAGACCGGUUGAGCGAGGGUUGCCAUCCACCCCCACCGCCACUUCCCUCGCCUCCCCACCUGCUGAGGGACCGUUCGAGGUGCUCUGUGACUCACACGACGAGCCUGGUGGGGCCGCACGCGGCAGGCUGCAUUAUGCGCCCAUAGCCAAUGGUCAUCCCUCGCCGCCUCCCCUCUUUGCCAGCAUCACGGCGGUCUUUCUGGAAGGCGGCUUCCUCAGCCCUUCCUUUGCUGACGUGGCAAGCAUCCUCCAGUGCGGAGGCGGCACUGUCAUCCCAAGCAGCGCUCUCCACUCCCCCACAGCCAAGACCCUUCUUGCUGCCUUCUCCAACACCAACACAACGAAUAGCACCACGACUGCCAUUGAAAAGAGGAAAGGGGAGGAAGGGGAGGCGAAGAUCCUAUUGGUGGUGUAUGCUGAUGUGCCUGCCAACACGCCGGCUGGGUCGGGUAAGAUGCGGCGGGAACUGGCACUGGUGGAGAAGCGGAGGGAGGCUGCUGGGCUGCUGGGGAAGGAGGUGGGGGCUCGUGCCUGUGUGACGCAUAACUGGAUCAUUGAUUCGGCUGCUGCAUUUGAGCUGAAACCAUUCUAG